GUUCCAGGUCGUGGUCUUUGCCAAAUUCCCACGCCCCUGCCCACCCUGCCCGAAUCCUCUCGCCCUUUACCCCCGCCCGCGACCCCAUUCACACUCUCGCUGCUCCACUCCGCUCCGCUCAGCUCGUCGGGACGCGCCCCCGCCUCCCAUCCCAUGCCCGCCCCCGCGCUCGUCGGAGGCCGCUCGCGGCGGCCUCCCAUCCCGCCGCGCUGACGAGAGGGCCUCUCGGUGGGGGCGCUUCGGGUGUUCAUUUUGUCCGUUCGGGGAAGGGGAGUGCGGCGAUGGGGAAGCAGCAGGAGGGGAAGCGGCGGCGCGGGGAGAAGGACGGGAAGCGGAAGGGGAGGGGGAAGACAGCUGCAGCGGCGGUGCCGGAGGACGCGGCGCCAGUGGCCGGGUGCUGGAUCCGCUUCCCGCGCCUCCGCGGCUGCAUGCCGUCGCGCGCCAAGGUCGACUCCUCCACCAGCGCGCGUGGCGGCGGCCGGGAAACCAAACCAUCUACUGAUGAUGCUUGCCAGGACCAAUCAGUACCACCAGCCUCUGGUUCCGCAACAACCAGUAACACUGGAAGUAUCUCACCUUCUUCCAUAGUUGGAGAGGAGCUAAAACUAGCUUUCCAACUGCGUAGAUUUACUUUUAGUGAACUGAAAUGUGCCACGAGAAACUUCCGACCUGAGAGUCUUCUUGGCGAGGGAGGUUUUGGCUGUGUCUUUAAAGGAUGGAUUGAGGAGAAUGGAACUGCUCCUGUUAAGCCAGGCACCGGAUUAACUGUUGCUGUCAAGACACUCAACCAUGAUGGGUUGCAGGGGCAUAAAGAGUGGGUGGCAGAAGUUGAUUUUCUUGGAAACCUUCAGCAUCCACAUCUAGUGAAAUUGGUUGGCUACUGCAUUGAAGAUGACCAGAGGUUGCUUGUGUAUGAAUUUAUGCCCCGUGGAAGUUUGGAGAAUCAUCUUUUUAGAAAGUCAUUGCCUCUACCAUGGGCCAUUAGAAUGAAAAUUGCUCUUGGUGCUGCGAAAGGCCUCGCUUUUCUUCAUGAAGAAGCUGAAAGACCAGUAAUCUAUCGGGACUUCAAAACCUCCAAUAUUCUUUUAGAUGCGGACUAUAACGCAAAACUCUCUGAUUUUGGACUUGCUAAAGAUGGCCCUGAGGGUGAUAAAACACAUGUGUCAACUAGGGUCAUGGGAACAUAUGGAUAUGCUGCACCUGAAUAUGUAAUGACAGGUCACCUGACAUCGAAGAGUGACGUAUAUAGCUUUGGAGUUGUACUACUAGAGAUGAUGACUGGUAGAAGGUCAAUGGACAAGAACAGGCCAAACGGAGAACACAACCUGGUUGAAUGGGCACGCCCUUAUCUGGGAGAAAGACGCAGAUUCUAUAAGCUUGUAGACCCUCGUUUGGAUGGGAACUUCUCCAUAAAAGGCGCCCAGAAGACGGCUCAGCUGGCCCAUGCCUGCCUCAGCCGUGACCCCAAGGCUAGGCCUCUGAUGAGCCAGGUGGUGGAGGUGCUGAAGCCUCUCCAGAACCUCAAGGACAUGGCCAGCUCUUCCUACUACUUCCAGUCCAUGCAACAUGAGCGUCGCACAGCACUUGCCAACCCAUAUGGCAGUCAAAGCAUGAAAGCGCAGAGCACCUUUGCGCGGAACGGGCAGCAGCCCAUGAGGAGCCUCUCGUAUGGCCCUCAUGCUUCCCCGUAUCGCCAGUCGCCAAGACUUGACAGCAAGCGGCAAUGAGUCAUGGUGCUUGUCUGUCGACCAUAACAUAUUUUCAAGACUGAAGUUGUAACCAGAACUGGUGUAUGAACUCAGCCAUCCAACAAGCAUCUGAGCUAUCUAUUAUUGUGGAUGAAGCAGCAACAUUGAUUCGAAUUUGCAUAUCAUCUGCGAGUGAAUUUUUCUCUCUUGUUAUCGCUUACAUUUUAGCUGUACUGUCUUUACGGCUCUAGAUACCUUGACUUGAAAGGUGGAACUAAACAGGGUUUUGAUCGGUCUUUGAAACAA